AGAGUACAAGUUUGCCAAAAGUUGCAUGUUGCAUCCCAUGCAAGAGGAGCCCAUGAUACAUCUAUGCACCUACAGACUAAGGCUGAACCCAUUUUUUCCUUGUUAGUUUCCAGAACUUCUGUAGUCUUGCCUACCUUUCCUGUUUUGGGGCAUGCAGAUGGCAUUGCAAUGAUAGGCCCAUGCACUCUGGCUGCUAGGUGUUGGCAGCAUUGCCAGCAUAGGACUUCGAUCAGAUCUCACACAUCUUGCGUCUAGUUUGCCUGAUAAGUUUACCUCAACCCCUUCAUUAAUGCACUUAAUUUGUCAUUGUGGUUCUUUGCUUCUUCUCUGCCGCAUUUAUUGCCCUUUUUUGUAAAUGUGAUGUGAACCAUUCAUGGAUUUGGCGGAGUCUGCAUGUGCUAUGGAAACAGUACCUCAUGACAUAUCAAUAAUAAAUUCUAGAAUGAAGUCUAACAACAAGACAGCACAAAGCAGUGAUGUUUCUUACGUGUCGAGCAUGCUGGCCUGUCGCAUUCUCAGGGCAAUGCAGCCGACAAGGAGUUUACUUCGCUGGACCGAUGAUCUCCAUAAGAUCUUCGUGGAAGCUGUAGAGCAACAAGGAGGUCCCUAUGAGGCAAAGCCUUCUACGGUGAAGCAGACAAUGGAAGCUAUGGGAGUCACAGGCCUCACAAUCCAGAACAUAAAAAGCCACCUCCAAAGAUACAGGGAGAAGUGUGAUUUAGGAGGUCAACCUCGUCAGGAUGUUCUAGGUGCUGCAUCACCGAUCAUGGCAGGACAUAAUAUGACAUCUGAGAGUGAGAUGGUGAUGGACAAUAGCGCAGCUAUGCAUAUGGCUGAAAUGGAGAUGGUGAACUAUUUGCUUAUGGAUGACAGGGAGAUGGUGGAUAACGAUUUCUCUGCAGACGAGGUGCAGAUGAUGGAGAAUGAACUGAUGAAUGAAAUCAAGGCGCAGCCAGGUUCUCGAAAAGAAGUCCAGGCACCCUCUUUCUAAUGAAAUCAAGGUGCAUGAACCGGCUCAUAUUCCCAGUAAUCCGGCAACAAGAAAAAUGGCAACAAUACUGCUUGUGCUGCUGAUAAGCUAAGGAAAAUGGCAGGACUCAACAGUAUCCUCAGAUCCCACUUGCCUAGUACAUUUCUUGUGACAUUAGGACUGAUAUGUGGAUAUUUGUCCUCCAGUUACGUUCCAAAAAUAAGAUUUCAACUAUACAAAUCGUUU